AUGGCCGGCGAGCAGCCGCAAGCGGGGGCGUGGAGCGUGUGGGGCGGCGAGCGGGCGCGGCGGCAGGAGGCACGCGGGGACGAACACGCGGACGCGGCCGGAGCGCAUCGGCAGGCUGCUGCAGGCGAGCGCGAGUGGCGGCGGCGAGCUUCUGCAGGAAAGGCGGCAAGGCGCGGCGCGGCGGCGAGUUGCUGCGAGCACGCGGCGCAGAGCGUGGGCGCGCGGGGCGGAGCGCGCGCGGGCGGCCGACCACGCGGGGCGGAGCGAGCGCAGGGCGGAGGGUGCGGGCGCGGCGCGGCGGCGAGCUGCUGCGGGCAGGGCGCGGGCUUGCAGGGCGGAGCGCACGCGGGCGGCCGACCGCGCGGGACGGAGGCCGCGGGCGCUCCGCGGCGGCGAGCUGAUGCGGGUAGGGCGCGGGCGGCCGACCGCGCGGGACGGAGGCCGCGGGCGCUCCGCGGCGGCGAGCUGAUGCGGGUAGGGCGCGGGCGGCCGACUGCUGCGGGGCUGCGUGCACGCGCGGGGCGUGCGGCUGGCGGCGCGCAGCGCAUGGCGGGCGGGGCGGCAUGCGCGCCCGGGGCAGGCGGCUUGGCAUGGCUGGCUACGCAGGCUGGUGCGCGAGCGGACGCGCGGCUGGCUAGCUAG